CGCUGCGCACUAAUAGCAGUCAGAGCGCCGCGUGCCGCAUCGUUCACCGGUGAUUUGUGGGGAGUGUGUGGCACCGCGCGCGCCCUGCGGUCCCAAAGAAAAGAAACGAGGAGCGAUGGAACCGAGAGAGAUAUAUUGCGAUUCGCCUUUAUCACGUUAUUAUCGACUAUUUUUUCAUCACCACCGACCGUUGAAGCUGCUGGUCGAACCGAGUGUUUGUUUUUUGGCUGAUAUUGAGAGAUAAGGAAGCAACGACUUGUGAGAAAGGAGUGGUAAAAGUGUCCCGAGCGAUUUUCACCUCAAUUCGCCACAAAAUUUUACAAGAGAUUUACAAAGAUUAAAGUAGCUAUUUCUUUUGAGACUAAAGGGAUUUCUUUGCUUGUAUCAAAUCAACAGGACGCACAAACUGUUUUGUCACAGGAUUUGUUUAUUAAACGACACAAAGUAGUACAAACGAAGGAAAUUAGAUUUUAAAUGGACAGAUAAUUAAAUUUAAAAACAAGACAGCCUUUUAACACCGUCCAAUGAUUAUACUGUAAUGUAUGAGCAAAGUUGUAAAAAAGCCCCUCACUGUACUGUAGCGCGCGCAGAAGCAGCAUCAGCAUCAUUACUGCGGGCAUUCAACAUCCCACAGCGAAAAGCUUAGAAGAGAUUUGACUCACAACAAGUGCAAUAAUCCUCCGUAUACGUUCGCUAAAUGUUUUUAUUAACAUCUUCAAGCUUUAUCUUUUAAUUGAAGCAUAAAUGAAUGUAAUUCACGGGACAAACGGUUUGGCGCAGCGACCCGAAUGAUGAGCAGGAUGCUGCGCCCGCAUCACGGAAAAGCAGAAGGACAAGUAAGCCGCAUCCCUGCGUUAAAACACAACCUGGAGUCUUUGAUUUUCCUCUUUGGAUGAGUUACGGAUAUUUAUAACUGAACACUGUAGGUGGAUUUAUGUGGAUGAUAAAUCUACGGGAUAGCCUGGAUGGAGAACUACUGUACUUUACUGACCUCGAGGAACUUGUUUGGUGGCCAUAUGAAACAUGUUAAGAGAUGCUGGAUUGUCCUGAUGCAGCAGCUGCAGCUCCAUAGAGAUCCAUGUUAUUUUGUCGGUCGCUGUCCACUGCACUCGUGGUGCUGAAAUGUGGAUAAUGCCGGCGCACCGACUGCAGGGCUGCCGCUCCCUUCACAUGAAUGAAGACAAUGGGCGCUUUCUGCUGCUCGCCGUGCUCAUCAUCGUGUACCUGCUGUGCGGCGCCGCGGUGUUUUCAGCCAUCGAGAGGCCGUCCGAGCUGCGAGCUCACGGGCGCUGGAACCGAACCCUCCGGAACUUUAGCGACACAUUUAAUAUCAGUGUGCAGGAUCUGAGCUCGCUUCUGAAAGAGUACGAGGCUGCGAUUGCUGCAGGGGUUCGAGUCGACGCUUUGCGACCGAGAUGGGAUUUUACUGGAGCGUUUUAUUUUGUCGGGACGGUGGUGUCCACUAUAGGUUUUGGGAUGACAACCCCAGUGACGAUCACCGGAAAGGUUUUCUUGAUCUUCUACGGUUUGUUGGGAUGCGCGGGCACUAUUCUGUUUUUUAACCUCUUCCUGGAGCGCAUCAUUACCCUGCUAGCCGUAGUGAUGAAGGCCGUACGUCUACGCCGCUUAAGGACCAGCGGCCUCCUGCCACCGGGAAUCUGUCAGGAUUUCGCUGCGAGUACCCUGCCCGGCUGGAAACCCUCUGUCUAUCACGUGAUGCUGAUUCUGGGCCUGUCCUCUAUCGUGAUCUCGUGCUGCGCGUCAGCGAUGUACACGCCGGUGGAGGGCUGGGCGUACCUGGACUCUCUCUACUUCUGCUUCGUCACGUUCAGCACGAUCGGUUUCGGGGAUUUGGUGAGCAGUCAAAAUGCCGCUUACGACUACCAAGGCCUCUACCGGCUGGCAAACUUUCUCUUUAUCUUGACUGGCGUGUGCUGCAUUUACUCCUUGUUUAAUGUCAUCUCCAUCGUCAUCAAGCAGGUCCUCAAUUGGAUGUUGGGAAAAAUGAGCUGCUUGUGCUGCCAGCGCUGUAACAAAGCAAACGCUUUCCUAGGACGCCGUAACGCCAUCCGGCCCGGCUCGCGUCUUAGGCGGGGACGCUUCGGACGACCGCCCGACUCGGACGGGCCAUGCGAUAGCGACACGGAUGGCCGUAGACUUUCCGGCGAGAUGAUUUCAAUGCGUGACCUGGCGGGAUCCAAUAAAAUCUCGCUGGCCAUCAUGCAGAAACAGCUUUCGGAGUCAGCUAACGGAUUCCCCAGAACCGUGUGUGGAAGCUCGCGGCAAAAUGGCUUUUCUGGUGGUGUUGGCGCACUUGGCAUAAUGAACAACAGAUUAGCAGAAACCAGUGAGAUCUCUAGGUAGAGGAAAGCUUAGUGACUAGUUUAAGGAUAUCAAACUGCUUGGGUUUGACCGUUUGAAUUGGCUGAGUCUGCAUUGAGCUCGUGUCAAACAGCAUGGCAUGCAUGAACUGUAGGAUUAUCCAUUAGGAUUGGGAUUAUAUUAUCCUUUGGAUUUUUGAUUUCACAUAUCUUGUGGUAAGAAGACCCAUGCUAGGAGCAGCAAACUAAGUAUUUCCAUGUUUUAGAAUAUCAAUGGCAAUGCAACCCUGAAUAACUAAAUGACACAAAAUCUCUGACGUUAGACUUUACUAUUUAACCGGUGGCUAUUUAUAAGAAGCUUCUCUAGAUGAAAUGAUAGCGUCUGUCUGAAUCCAUCUGGAUAGCACAGUCUAUACACAACUAUGCAUCUUUAUGAUACAAACAUACAGACAUAAAUGAAAGGGUAUUUGUACAUUUUCACAGUCUCAGUUCACAUACUUACACACUUAAAAGUAUGAUGACAGGAAAGCUUUAGGUCAACCCAGGAUUAGGCCAAAAAGGGAUGAACCCAACCCGUUGGGUUGUAAUUUAACUUGUUUUAACCCAAAAUGCUGGGUUGGUUUAAAGCAAGGUGCAUGAUCUCUGAAAGUCAAUGUUGAUAUUUGAAAUCACCCAAACAAUCACGCCCCUACCCCAAUAGAAUCUGGACUUUCUUUUGAUAGACCCGCCCCACACAUACGCAACCCAGGCACCGAUGUCGGUUAGUAGACACGCCCCUUACUUCUGAUUGGCUACAAGUGUGUUUUGGUAGUCGGCCCGACUCCCUUUUCCAAAGUGUUUCAAACACCCCGCCUUUAACUCGGUGGGUCAAAUAUAAACAUUUUCUAGGUUUAUUAACUCUUUUUGACCCAAUGCUUGGUUGAAAAUAGUAUGACUGUACGGCAGUAUUGAAACACACUAGUGUCAUAAAAUCGCGCACCGCAGUACUGUUUGCAUGUAAAGUUGAUUUAUUUCUAAUGAAAACAACAGACUCACAAUCCCUGCACAAAAACAGACGAGCCCUGGCCUUUGGGUUGUAAAUAAACAUAUGCUGGGUUGUUUUAACCAAUUGUUGGGUCAAAUAUAAACAUUUAAGGGUGGUUUCCCAGACAGGGAUUAGUUUAAGCCAGGACUAGGCCUUAGUUUAAUUAGGAAAUAUAACUAGUUUUAACAAACAUGCCUUACUAAAAGCUAUAUCUAUGUGCUUUUUGAGGCUAAACUAAGAGCACUGGUGUAUUUUAAGAUAUGUCAGUGCAAGUUGUUGUUUUUUUAGUUUGGACAGCUCUUACGUUUAAUUUGAUCUAGGACUAGUCUAAUCCCUGUCUGGGAAACCGAAAUGUAACCCAACGGCUGGGCUCGUCCAUUUUUGGCCCAAUGCUGGGUUAAAAAAUAACCCAGCAUUUUUUAUAGUGUGGCAUUUCUUUUUAACAAAAUGUCAAUUAAUUUUAUUUUAUAACCCAUUUGUGGGUGACAUUAGCCAAAAAAGCAUGUACUGUAUGAAUCCUGAUUAAGAAAGAAUAUGUCAUCCAGGCACCAUUGGCAUACUGUGUACUCUGUAGUAUCUUCCACACUUAAAGGCUUUUUUUGCAUACUAUAGUAUGAGAAUUGAGAUGCAGCACAGAUCAAAAAGAAAUGCAUAACAGAAGUUUACUUUAUAGUUGGCCUGUGCCGAGAAGGAAAGUUCGAUUGAAGUUCUCUUUAUAGGACUAGUUAUAUAAUAGUAAACAGCAUUAAAUCUG